AUGUGUGGCAGUUACUACGGAAACUACUAUGGAGGCCACGGCUAUGGAUGCUGUGGCUAUGGAGGCCUGGGCUAUGGCUAUGGAGGCCUGGGCUAUGGCUAUGGAGGCCUGGGCUGUGGCUAUGGUGGCCUGGGCUGUGGUUAUAGAGGCCUGGGCUAUGGCUAUGGAGGCCUGGGCUGUGGCUAUGGCUCCUGCUACGGCUGUGGCUACCGCCGACUAGGCUGUGGCUAUGGAUAUGGUUCUGGCUACGGUUACUACUACUGA